CAAUCAUCCUACAUUAACUUCCAUUCUCACCUCCAUCCAAUCAAUAAAAAAACACAGUUAAUCACAGCAAAAAGAAAGAUGGGGUGGACAUGGAAAGAAGAAGACUUAGAUCUAGUCCUGGUGCCAUUUGGAUUUUUCAUCAUGUGCGUCUAUCAUCUCUUCCUUCUCUACAGAUACCUCAAGCAUCCUGAAACCACCGCAAUCGGCUACGAGAAUCAUAACAAGAAAGCUUGGGUCGAAAAAAUGCUUCUGUUUGAAGCCAAAGACAGAGGGUUUUGUGUGUCUGUUCUUAGCGGUCAUUUAUCCGCGUCAACUUCCCUAUCAUCAAUCUCUCUAGUUCUAUGCUCUCUUAUCGGAGCUUUACUCGGAAACUCAACGAAUAACUUCACGAGCAAUUUUAUCUUAGGGGAUACAAGUGAAUCCACCAACGCCAUCAAAUAUAUCGCUAUUCUAUCUUGCUUCUUACUGGCGUUUGCAUGUUUUGUACAAACUACGAGGCACUUUGUUCAUGGGUGUUUCCUCAUAAGUAUCCCUACUGGUGAUGUUCCUGUUGAGUGUAUCCAGAAGGCUGUUUUGAGAGGAAGCAAUUUCUGGGCUCUUGGAUUGCGAGCACUCUACUUUGCGACCACUUUGUUGCUAUGGAUUUUUGGUCCGAUUCCUAUGUUUGUUGGUUCAGUAGUUACUGUGAUCAUUUUGCAUUGUUUGGAUAUUAAUAAAGAUCCCAUGAUUCAGUACGGAUCAAACCGAAGUGGUAAUGAUGGUGGUGGUCACCUUCUCAGGAAGAUUGGCCAUGAAUUAACUUCUGUAGUUGAGGCAUUUGAACACAACGGAAGGCCGCAAAGAAACUGAACAAAUCCUCUCGAAAUAUGAAGAUUUUGAAGAAAUGUUAACCCUGUUUGUACUUCUAAGUUCUAACCCCAUCUUUUAUGUUCCAUAGGUCAAUAUUAGUCUUUUUAUUUUUAUAUGUUUCAAAGCCAUCUUUCACGUCUAGGAGACCUGAUUCCCUUUUCUAAUUGUUUUCAAUGGAUAAUGUCCAUUAUUUUGUAAUAAAUUAAAGAAAGGCUGUAUGUAUUGCACAUGUAGACAUCUAAUAAUGGUAUUAAACUGGAUGUGGAUGUAUCUCAA